AUGGCAGCGAUGAAUGCGGCGUUCGAAGCUGCGAUGGCUACUGCAGCCCAAACGGCUCGCUUCUACUGCGUCACGGUCUCUCCAGACGCUCGGGCGUGUGCUCGAUGGCCAAGAUUGCGAGGAACUGCAAUUGCCGAAGGGGUUCAAGCCACUUUUCGUAUCGUAGAACACGUCCAGCUGCAACUGCCCACUCUACGUUUCCACUCGAUGACGACGGAUUUUAUCAAAGACGCUGAUGGCGUGUGGUGGCUCACAAGAGUUGUCGAUUUCCAAGCCACCAGUUCGGUAGAACCGCCAAGAGAUGACGCAUGCUUCGGCUCGCGCGAUUCCGCGGUGUUUAUCCCCGACACUCUCCGCUCGAGAUACGGUCCUACCAAUGACCUACUGGAAGAUCCCACUUCUCCUCCUAAAGAAUCGACACUACUACGAGGAGAUGAGUUAAACAACACAAUGAACACACGCUCGUGCUUCCUCUGCGGCUGUUCCUGCGAGCUCCCACCGACGUUCCGAGUCCAGCUGGACGCAAUGGUGAGAGGCCAGAGUGGUGACGAGCUCAAGACAAACAGUACGACGUCGAUCAAAGCGGUUGAUGAGUUCCGAAUGACGCUCACAAUGGCUCUGGAUACGAUUUUCCUUAUGAGGCAGCGUGGCGUGGACCUUCUCGUGUGGGAGAAUGCAGUCAGCACCGUGCGAAAGUCGCAUCUGCGUGAUGUGUGCGACUUUCCGACGUGUACUCUCUGCUACCGAAUCUACCAGCAGCAGCAGCGACUCCAGUCACUCGCACGUGAACUGCACGUAGUAUUGUUUGGGAUGGCCACCUCAGCAGCUUCCGGUCUAGCGCCUCAGCUCCUGUCGACGGAGCUACGACGCAACCAAGAAGCUCCGAGAAGCGUUCUCGAAAGUCUUGAAGCUUUUCAGACUGAAAAAAUCCCGCGUUCGCUGUUACUACGAGGCGAUUCACCUGAACUGAGACCUUCAGGGAGCACACUGACACCCGUGCGAGGUGCAGACGUGGAUCCUACUGCGACGCAACUUCGCUUGGUGUUUUUCUUCCACGAAUUGCAAGACGGAGGUCCCGACUUGGAGCCCACCGAUUUCUACUUGGAGUAUCAACUUGGGCAGAAUGUCACGCGAGUGCAACUUGAAGGCAGUAAGCGACACACUCCCAAUCGGUGGCAACUCUGUGAAGCGAGGGUGCAUUAUCUCUUUGCGACAUUGGAAGCUUUCAGUGAGUUUUGCUCCCAGAAGCGACUUCUUAUCAACAGUCCGAGUCGUCAGCCGAGUCGGUAUCGUGACAAGGAAGAGUUCUUUGGGUACACAUUGUUGUCGCUGCGAUCUGUGAAUACGGCGGCGAAAUGGUUCGGAAACUCGCUGCAACCCGAGAGCCGUACCGAUUAUUUGCUAGAGCUACAGACUGCUUCAUUCGGACUACUGACGCUCAAGUUGACGGUCGGAUUACUGGUUGACUCGGUCCCGUUGGGGCAUCUGCGUGAUGUCCUACGUGACCGUAUUUUCUUGGAGGAACAGCCACCAGGUGGAGUGUACUGGCCUCCAACAUCUCUUUACCUUAGUGGCCUGGCAGUGCCUCGAGAUUGGGUCGGGGCACUCAUGCCGUCUGAAUAUACGAAGCUGCUGCCCAUGCGUCGGAGAGCGCGUGGCUCGGACUACAGCUCGCGAUCGCUACAUGUGGUGACCGCUCUAAUGACCUGGACGACUCUAUCACAGGCGUGUCUGGCAGCAAAGCGCCUCGUGUUUCGAAUCACCGAGGACAGGGCAACCUCUGGCUUCCCGACAGUAUUACUCGCAGCAAUUCUGCGUCACGCAAGCUUCGUGACCCCAGCAUCACACUGGAAAUCAGCCGCGAGUCUUCACUUCACACGGAGAUAUUCGGUAGAUCGUCUACUGGCUGAAGUAAGGCCUGCAACUCUCCCGAUGCUCGCUUUGCUUGGAGAGCUCUUGUUUGUUUUGAUGGAGGAACGAGAGCUGCCAGCGACAAUAGAUGCGAACGUAUUGGCGUCUCUCAUUGAGCCAUUUUGGCAACAUGACAGUGGAUGGCUUCCCAUUCCGCGUACCCAAAGCAGUUGCCCCCCUGAGCGUCGAGUCAUUUGGAACCGUGCGAUUCGACGCUGGGAAGUCGCCACUGGCAGCAUCACUAAGGAUGGAGCUCCAGUACUUGCCAUUCAGCCACACGAAGAUGUGAUUCAUCAUUAUGGGGACACGCUCAGGGCAGAGAUCGGAGACUUUCGGAUCAAAAUCCUAGCGCUCGUGGUCUGCGAAUUGUUCGAGCGAAUGGAAUCCUUGGACGAUGGAUACAUUGAGAUAGCAGAGCUGCGUUCUCUGGCCAAGUGCCUCCAGGGUCAAGAAGAUUUGGGUCUGGAGCUGGAUCCUCACGUGGGUACACUUGAGCGGCUAACGCAACAGGACGUUGCUGUUUUAGCGGAGUUGGUGGACCACCAGCGACGUUUGGCCCUACAGACUUUGCUUCACUCUCUCAUGGGGAUGCGUUGA